UAUCAAAUUUGCGUUUUUCCCCUCGUUUUCAGUCAGCUAAUACAUGACAACAUGGCACACAGGAAAGAAGUGUUUCAGUCAAAGGUAUUCCAGAGGCUUUACCCUGCAGCUCCCAAAUUGGAGAAGGACCCCAGCCCACCACGCAUUGUUGAGGCCUUAGCCAAAAAAACCCAUGUGAAAAGAAAAGCUUCUCAAGGGGACACAGCUAACAGAGAUGCAGGGAUGACACAGAGUGACUCCAAUCCCAGCAGGCGCAUGUACACAGUCCUACCCCCUCCCGCAGACUACAAGACAGAUGCAGAGAAAUCCGUCACGCUCCCCCAGCUAGAAAACAUAAAUAGUGCAGAGAACCCAGCUGAGGAGAUCAACCAUGAGAGCAACGAAGACCUCGACCAAGAUAAAGCAGAAGAGGAACAGAAAAGAAGGAGAAGAAGAAGGAAGAGGAAACCAACCUCUCUUGAAAACUCAGGGAAAGAUGGAGCAGCUCAGAUAAGUAAGACCUGCACAGGUGAGGGUCAGACUUCUGUGGAUGAGGGAGCAGAGCGCAUUAGCAGGAACAAAAAGAGAAAGCUAAAGAAGAAACGGCACAAAGAGAAGCUGCUCUCCCUGGGUCUAAUGCCCCGGGCCUCUGCUCUGGAGUUCACAUACCAAAAAGAUGGAGAGGAGGAGGAGGAGGACGACGACGACGACGACGACGAGGGAAGAGCUGCUGAGGUGUCAGACUUCCUUAGGACAACAUUGGAAAUCUAUAUGUCUGACUCCUUGUUACAUGAAAAGAAGCUCCUUCUCCAGUCUGGGAUGGUGGACGACCUUCUGAGCAGCAUAACCAGCGGAAACAAGCCAGACUCUCUCCUAAAGCAGCUCUACAGCCUCAAGGCCUUUGUUAAAAAGAAAGAGACUGACAGACUAGCAAAGGCACUGGAAGAGCUCCACAACAACUCCUCCCUGUCUGCAGAGGAAACCACUGCAGUUGUUUCACUGUUCCAAUACUGGAUCACAGACAUUCUUCCCAUGCAGGGAAACAAGAAGACAGAAGAGUUUUCUACAACACACCCAUGAGACUGUCAGUCACACAGAAACAGAGACUCUACUGAAGGAUUAUUUCCACUGUGUUUCAUCAUUUUAGACAAGAAUAUUCUUGAAUUUUUUUUCCCCCUCAUGUACUGUAUUUC